CAGUGUCAAAUGUUAUUGAAUACAGACACCCAGAGCCUUACGUUAAGACCAAAAGAGGGUCUGUUCCAGGCACAGACGUCUCGCUACCUCUGUGAGUUUGAAGAGCUCUCUAUACUUGGAAAAGGAUCCUAUGGCAAAGUCUUCAAGGUUAAAAACAAGCUGGAUGGACAGAAGUAUGCUGUGAAGAAAAUUCUCAUCAACAAUGUUUCAAGGGAAGACUACAUGAAGGUUCUCAGAGGUGAAAGUGUUAUCCAGUCUUGAGCACAUCAAUGUAGUAGGCUACCACACUGCCUGGAUGGAGCAUAUCACACAUGCUUUUACUAAGCCUGCAUCAAUACUCUCUGCACUGGAAAUGCAUGUGCUGCCAGAACGCAGUGAGGAGAGUACAGAGUAGCAGCGGCUCCUCAAAAGUCUUCACGAGCCCAGAUCAGUCAAAGGAGCCAGUGGCCAUAGCUAAAGCACCAGUGAGCCUCCCAGUGAAAGAGGAGAAGAGCACGCAGGUGGUGGGUCCUAAAACCAUGCGCCACGCCCGUUUCCCAGAUGACCGUUUCCCAGAUGACCAUUUCCCCAAUGUGUUGCUGGGACAGUGUGGCCAGACGAGGGACGGCUGCACUGGUGUCAGCUGGGAUAGCUCGGCCCUGUCGGAGGAUGACUUAGGAACCAGAAAUGGGAUAGAUCUGAAAAACCACUCCUACAUUGACAUGGGGAGCGAGCAGUGGGACACGAAAUUCCCCGCCAAGGAGGUGCAGUUCCAUUUCAUGCUAUAUAUCCAGAUGCAGCUAUGUGAACGCUCGCUCAAAGACUGGAUUUUAGAGAGAACCAACAAACACACAUCACAAAAUCCUUAUGGGGCUGUGGACACGAAACAAACCCUCAGCAUUCUACAUAAAAUACUUAAAGGUGUAGAGUACAUUCACUCUAGAGGAAUCAUGCAUAGAGACCUGAAGCCCAGGAAUAUUUUCCUGCGUGGACAUAACUACCAUGUGAGCAUUGGAGACUUUGGACUGGCUUGCAGGGAUAAAAUGAUGGAUGACAAGGAAAAACCACCCUCCACCUCACAGAACACUGGUUCCUCUCACACCGCUGGAGUGGGGACAUUUGUUUACGCAGCACCUGAACAACUGGAGGGUUCCCACUAUGAUUCAAAUUCAGACAUGUACAGUAUAGGAGUGGUGGCCCAGGAGCUGUUCCAGCCCUUUGGGACAGAGAUGGAGCGUGUUGAGACACUAGGGGACCUCCGUGAGGGGAAGGUCCCAGACUCCUUCUCCCAGCACUGGCCUGUCCUGGCCAAGUACAUCACACUGCUGACCAGCAGAGACCCCGCUCUAAGACCCAGCGCCACACAGCUGCUGCAGAGCGAGCUGUUCAGCAGCAAAGACAUGGUUAUCCAUGGCUUGCAGACAAGGGUUAAAGAGCAGGAAUAUGAGAUAGUUCAACUCAGGAGACAGAUCAGUCAGCUACAAACUCAGAGCAUGUAGCAAGCAUCCCAUUCCACGGACAGGACCUGACGUCAACCAUCUCUGCCCUUCUUCAAACCUGUUAUAUUCGACCCCUUUACCUUGCAAAUGGUUGAAUGUGUGUGGUCUCUCUGCCUGGAUGUAACAAUGUGACUAUAAGUUAAAAUUGUAGAAUAAAUCAUUUAAUUUACACUUAUCUGAGAGUCUGCAGACAU